ACGCCACUGCAAGGGGCCAAUCUGAAGCGGCAUUGAACACUAAUAGAUUCUCGUACAUUGCUGGGGAUCAGAACUCAAGUCUAACUUGAUGAGAGCUCCGUUCCGUGGUGGUUGCGUGUAGCAUACGUCGUGCGCCCACGCGUGGGUGAACGUGGUUGACAGAGUAGACUCACACUCCCUUUAAUCUUUAGUGAAACAGGUUACCAUUGAAGAUUUUGUCACGACUCAUCGCCAAAAUUUCGGACUCUAUGAAGGGGGCGGAUCCGACCUUUGGACGGGAAAUUCCGGGAUGAAAAUGCAUCCGUCGAUGUCGAAAUAUUUGCUCUUUAGCGUGAAAUUUCAGUGCAUGUAAUAUAUCUCAUGGACAACUUAGAAGUUACGAAAACAGUUCACUGCGUUUUUGCAUUUUUUUCGUGGAUUCCUUUGUCCAAAAUACAAUAAACUGAAAACAUUUAUUAUGCAUACGGGAAGAUGAAAUACCGACAGGUACUCAGACCCUUUAUUUCAUAGAAUUCCGGCAAACUUUAUAAAAGCCGCUGUCGCUCCACCACCACGCAGCAGAAAGAAGGGAAAUUCUUCUUAGCCUGGUGACCGUGGUCCUCUUGCAACGCUCCUUCUUGUGCAACGGACAGCCUCAAGUUUUUCAAGAUGGUAAUUUUCCGCGAGAUGCUUGCUCACUUCUUGGCAGCAUUGUGUUUAGCCGAGCGUUGCUUCUGCUUCCCCUAUGACUGGUCGAUCUCUGUCGCAGACAUCUCUUCGGCGAUGACCUCCUUGCCGGCCAACUCCACCCAAGUUCAGCCCAUGAUAUCCAGUGCAGAGAACAUCUUGCCGUCUUCAGUCAGAGCAGACGUCGGAUCUACCUCCCCCUUAACGCGGCACUACAGACAAUCCAGCAGUGACAACAAGUACCUCAUCAACAGCAAACAUAGCGUGAAACUUGCUUUGAACCAGAUGUCUGUUGAAGCUGUGGCCAUCGGAACUGCGGAUGGUACGGUCGUGAGUUCUAUGGAAGUUAUCCCUGCUGACAGACCGGACCUCGUCCGUAUACGUUUCGGCGACUAUUUGUAUUUGGCACUCAGUAGCAACGGCCGGAAACCAAGCAGCUUCUACUCCCCUACACCAUUAACAAGGUUCGAUUCGCACAACCGCACCAUCUGGUGUCAGAUCACCGGGCGUUCCGGCGAACGUUACAGCCCUUACGUGGACGGCACGGCCAGUUCUUGCAGUUGGCAACGAUUUCUCGCAGUCAAGCCAUCAAACCAAACAAAUAGCGGUUACAAAGUCAGGUUCUCUAAUUCGACCAGCGAAAAUACUCUUUUUCUUGAAAUAUCCGGCGAUAACAUUUCUUAAGUUUAAAGCGAAAUUAAUGGGUCUUAGAGAGGAAU